GGUAAGUGCCCCUAAAAUCCCUUUGGGCACAACAUGUCCUGAGGGGAGAGGCGGCGCCCUGUAGAUGGGACGGGGGCACUAACCCUCAGGUUUGGGGCUUAUGAAUGUGAAUAUCGCCAUCUAAGGCCAGAUAUUUGGCCAAUCUCUGAAUGUUCCUGGUCUCUGGAGGGAUGGAGAGAGAGAAAAAAACAAACAGCUCCUGGAGCAGGGAGAGCGCUGGCCUCUUCCUCUCUGGCUCCCUCCAUUGCCCUCCGGUUUCUCCCCAGGCUCCCGGACAUCCCUGCUCCUGGCCUUUGCCCUGCUCUGCCUGCCCUGGCUUCAAGAGGCUGGUGCCGUCCAAACCGUUCCGUUAUCCAGGCUUUUUGACCACGCUAUGCUCCAAGCCCAUCGCGCGCACCAGCUGGCCAUUGACACCUACCAGGAGUUUGAAGAAGCCUAUAUCCCAAAGGACCAGAAGUAUUCAUUCCUGCAUGACUCCCAGACCUCCUUCUGCUUCUCAGACUCUAUUCCGACACCCUCCAACAUGGAGGAAACGCAGCAGAAAUCCAAUCUAGAGCUGCUCCGCAUCUCCCUGCUGCUCAUCGAGUCGUGGCUGGAGCCUGUGCGGUUCCUCAGGAGUAUGUUCGCCAACAACUUGGUGUAUGACACCUCGGACAGCGAUGACUAUCACCUCCUAAAGGACCUAGAGGAAGGCAUCCAAAUGCUGAUGGGGAGGCUGGAAGACGGCAGCCGCCGGACUGGGCAGAUCCUCAAGCAGACCUACAGCAAGUUUGACACAAACUCGCACAACCAUGACGCACUGCUCAAGAACUACGGGCUGCUCCACUGCUUCAGGAAGGACAUGGACAAGGUCGAGACAUUCCUGCGCAUGGUGCAGUGCCGCUCUGUGGAGGGCAGCUGUGGCUUCUAGGUGCCCGCGUGGCAUCCUGUGACCGACCCCUCCCCAGUGCCUCUCCUGGCCCCGGAAGGUGCCACUCCAGUGCCCACCAGCCUUGUCCUAAUAAAAUUAAGUUGUAUCAUUU